AUGGAUUUACCACGUUCUUUUCCAGCCGAGGAUGCGGAAGCAACCAUCCAACGCACUGGGGUAUACACGCUGGAAGAUCAUGUGGUUGGUAAUCGCAUCGAGGAAUUCUCCGACCUCCGCUUUCCCAUCAAAUCGCCGCUUGGGUUAGAAUUCAUAGCCCAGAACAGCUUUGUUAGAAAGGACAUACGUCGAGUCCUGGAUUCAACACUAGGUCGACCUCACUUGGGGCUCAUUAAAAUAUACAACCAAAUACUUCCUUCCGACUAUGUAUUUCGCCUCCACAACGGAUCCGUCGGGGAAGCGUUCUGCCUCCUCGUUCUCCUCUGGAGUCCAGGCUCAAUUGUCUGCUUCUAUGAUGGGUCAAUAUCACAAAACAUUGAAGAUGAUCCACCGGUGUCCAAGACAUGGGGUCUUCUCGCAACACCAAAGCUGCGUAUGAACAGAGACGGCAUCUCUGAGAACAUCGUUGACCUGAAAGGUGGCGGAUUGGUUCUUUCAGACAGUCGACUCCAAUUUUCUAUUGUCCAAGGCUAUACCGUCAUGGUUGGAUUUACGACGAAGGCUGAACUUGAGAAUUGGGGGAAAAUGGAACUGCCGUACUCUGAUGUGCUCAAGGCUAAGGUAGAUGAACUGGAGGUUGGAGGAAUUCACAUCAACUGCGCUUGGCCAACAGCAUGCCCGAAGUGA